UCUGUGGUUCGAUACUCCUAUACAGUGACAUUGACAGGUAAUCUAUGUCUUGAAAUUUGACAUAUGGAAGUUUAUAUAUCCGUUAUCUGUGGUUUUUAUUUGAGCUAAGAUCUGAAAAGUUAGAAGUUUUCAGAUUAUCAUCAUAUUGGCAAAAUAAUGUCUCAGAAUGUAUUUACUCUCACAGGCACUGAUGAAAAUUUCAUUGCAAGACAACGUAAUACGUUUCUUGCAUUAUCAGAAAUCGAAAAGAAAAUUAAUGAUAGUCAGGAACCUAUGGAAAUAGAUGCGCAAAAAGAAAGAAGACGUCCAAAAUCUCAUAAAUCACGAACGAAGUCAUUUAGUGGUAAAGAAAGUAUUUUCAAAGUGCCACAAGAUCCUAUUCGUAAAAAUUUCAUCAAGAAACUUCCUGAUUUUAAGAAGAAUCCUCAUAAAUGGACCAAAUACUCCUUGGAAGAUGUAAGAGAUGAAGAUAUAUCUGACAAGGCAAACACAAAAGCUGCAUUAUCAUUUCUGAAAGAUUUGGAGAUCAGAAAUAAGGUUACUGAAGAAUGUUCAGACACAACAGAGAAAAAAAUUAUAUUUCGAAGACCUAUUCAUGUUUCUGCUUUGAGAGAAGAAACAGAUGAUAAACCCUCAUUCAGAAGUUCAAAAAUAGUUAUGCCAGAAUAUGUUGUUGGCCAGAAAAUGAAGAAAGAAAGAAAAAACAAAAGCAUAAAAUCAAAUAACGUCAAUAAAAAUUUGAAAUUAGAUCAUCUAUUUGAAGAUGAUCAGGACGAAUGAAAUGAGAAAUAUAUUGUACAUUUUCCAAUUAAUCAAUAUGUCCAAGAUUUGAAAGAGGUAAA